GGUGCUACGGGUCCAAUGUAGGGACAAAUAUCCUCUCUCCUCGUUUCUCUUCCGCCGGUUUCGUCUUCAUCUUUAUCCCAGGAGGCGGGUGCGAGUUCUGAGAUCGGACUCCUCCCCUCGGGCCGGCGAGGCUCCGGCUCCCCCUCUUCUUCCCCCUCCUCCGCCCAGAUGCUGCGAUGGUUGAUCGGCGGAGGCCGAGAGCCGCAGGGAUUGGCCGAGAAGUCUCCAGUACAGACAAUAGGUGAGGAGCAAACCCAGAAUCCCUACACUGAACUGCUCGUACUGAAAGCACAUCAUGACAUUGUACGAUUCCUAGUACACUUAGAUGACUACAGAUUUGCAUCUGCUGGCGAUGAUGGAAUUGUAUUUUUAUGGAAUGCUCAGACAGGAGAAAAGAUUUUUGAGCUCCACGGACAUACGCAAAAAAUAACAGCUAUAACUGCAUUUCCUUCCUCGGAUUCUUAUGAAGAUAAAAGUCAGUUGAUCUUAACAGCUUCUGCUGAUAGGACUGUUAUUAUUUGGGAUUGUGAUACCGGCAGACAAGUUCAGAAAGUAUCAUGCUUCCAUUCCACUGUCAAGUGUUUGACAGUUCUUCAGAGACUGGAUGUUUGGCUGUCUGGUGGUAGUGACCUCUGUGUUUGGAACCGAGAAUUAGAUCUCCUGUGUAAGACUAGUCACCUCUUUGAUACAGGGAUCAGCGCUUUGAUUGAGUUACCUAAGAACUGUGUCGCAGCAGCAGUUGGCAAAGAACUGAUCAUUUUUAGGUUGAUAUCCUCUACAGAAGGGUCUGUAGGCUGGGAUGUUCUUGAAGUUAAACGCAUCCUUGAUCAUCAGGAUAAUAUUCUCUCAUUAGUUAAUAUCAAUGAUUUGAGCUUUGUCACCGGCUCCCACAUCGGGGAGCUAAUUGUCUGGGAUGCCUUGGAUUGGACGAUGCAGGCCUAUGAACGUAACUUCUGGGACCCAUCUCUACAGCUGGAUACACAGCAAGAAAUCAAGCUCUGUCAAAAACCAAAUGAAAUUUCCAUUCAUCAUUUCACAUGUGAUGAAGAGUAUUUGUUUGCUGCUGUUGGAAGGGGCUUAUACGUGUAUAACCUUCAAAUGAAGCGUGUGAUUGCCUUCCAGAAAACUGCACAUGACUCCACUGUCCUGCACAUCGCCAAAUUCCCAAACAGGCAGUUGAUCUCUUGUUCACAAGAUGGCAGUGUUCGCAUUUGGGAGUUACGGGAGAAACAGCAGCUGGCGGCCGAGCCUGCGCCAACAGGAUUUUUCAACAUGUGGGGAUUUGGAAGGGUGAACAAAUCAGCAAACCAAACCAUUAAAAAGCCGCCAGAAAAUGGCACUUUGUGUUCCCUGGAGCUUAUUGGUGAUUUAAUUGGACACUCAUCUUCUGUAGAGAUGUUCUUAUACUUUGAAGACCAUGGCCUAGUGACAUGCUCUGCUGAUCACCUCGUUAUUUUGUGGAAAAACGGAGAUCGAGAGUCAGGACUACGAAGUUUAAGAUUAUUUCAGAAAUUAGAGGAUGAUGGUGAUUUGAACCUUGGUUUCUGAUUUUGCUGAAUAAGGCAUUCAUGUGCAUGAACCCUGACUAUCAAUAUAGGCUAAGAAGAAUUUUAAGAGAUAAUCUGGAAAAUUGUAAUAUAUUUAUCUUUUACAAAAUUUUAAAAUGUUUUUCCCCCAACUGGUGCAUAAAGUUCUGUUUUUGUUGUUGAAUCUGUAUUCUCUGAACCUGUAAAGAGUGAAUAUGUAUACAUAUAUGUGUAAACAUAUAUGUCUGUAUAUAUGU